UAUUCAUUUUUAUCAAAACAAAUUCGUUUAAAAAAAUAGGAAGUAGCUGCAUAAGAAAAAAUGGAUUUAGAUUUAGCAACUUGCCUUUUCACUGGGCUUUCAAGUGAUAGCUUGCAGGACAAGCACAUUAUUUGGGAUGAUGGACGUUUCACAACAGCUACACAAAGAGUAUUUGCAAAAGAUGUGAUAAAAUUUGUGCGUCGCAAGGAACAAUGCAUACUUCCAAAUCCUUUUGAUAUACCGGAUGAAUACUUUUUGGAAGCUUUUCGUUUCAACAAAUUGCUAUACCAAGAUUUCCUACUUGUUCUUUGUCUCCGCACAUAUUAUCGCUCGGAAGUAGACUCUAAUCGGAUGCCACUUGAUUUACGCGUGCUGGCUACGCUUACCUAUUUGGCGUACGGUCAUUUUGACGCUUUAAAACCUUUGGAUGGUUUUAGAUUUUACAGUUUGGGUUCGCUUCAACAAUGUGUGGCAGAAGUGUGCGAGCUGAUUGUACAUUUUAUGGCCACAGAUUAUGUUGUAUUCCCUUCGAAUAGUGAUGAGGCUAAAGAUAUUAAGCGCGGAUUUGAUAUGCAAUAUGGUGUACCAAAUGUGGUAGGCAUAAUGGAUUGUUUUCAUGUGCGCCUUUUUAAAGUAGACCCACCUUUUCACAACGCAUUCAAAUGCAGACACGGAAAUUUAACUAUCAAUGUGCAAGUGAUCUGCGAUCAUAAAUUGCGCUUUUUGGAUGUUAAUCCGCGAGCAUCGGGCGGAACUAGUGACAUUUUUGUUUGGAAUCGAAGUCAUAUCAAGGGAAUUGUGAAGAAUCUCUAUAAAACAGAGCCAACAUGGUUAAUUGCGGAUCGAGGUUACCAUUUGGAGGAUAUUCUUAUCAAUCCAUAUCGCAAUCCUAAUUCGAAGUCCGAAAUUCGGCUCAAUACAGUAUUUGAAUCAAUGCUCGGUGUUCUAGACACGGCUGUCGUUAUGCUAACAUCACGUUUUCGUUGUCUUAAAACGAUUUUACCCUACAAUCAUCAGAUUGCAGCAAAUAUUGUCACGGCUUGUGUCACGCUGCACAACUACUUGUUAUCCAAAGAUUGUGCCAUGGAUGAGCACCUCAUGUCAAUUGUGCCGAAACGAAAGAAGUUGCCAAAUGCAAUACACGAAGAUGAAUGGUCAGCUGGCUUCAAACACCGUGAAUAUAUCAGAACAUACUUGGAUUGAUAUUAUUUAAGCGUUCACUAAAGCUAAGAACUGUCAGUAUUUAUUUUAGAGGCCAAAUACCUAUUUAUAGUAUAUUUUUUGUUUUUUUUAUAAUACAUACACAUAUUUGCUCGUGUAUGUUUGCGUUAUGCCUACGUUUAAUUUUAAAUGUCCUUAAUCUAUUUGUGAGUUUUAUGCUUGUAUGUUUUUAAUUUAUUUUUACUUAUGAAGUUUAUAUCAUUGCCGAGUAAUACCUAGAAGGUGUACUUCAUGUAAUUUAUUUUGGGUUCUAUAAAAGCGAAGAACGUUAUUUAUUAUUUAUAAAAUGAAAAUGUCUUGUGUUCGUAUGCAAUAAAAAUAUUCGUUUGCAAAAAGUGCAAA